UGGAUCAUUGGUCCAUUUUUUUAUCAUUAACUUGUAUAAUAAUCUAUUUUGCAAAACCAUAUAAGAAAGAUAAAGAAGAUGAUAACGCAUAGAAAUUGGCAGAGAGUGUCGGGAGUGAUUCCUUCCAGUUGAUCAAAACCCUUUGUUUGACGCCAUCUGUCCAUCUUCAGGAAUAAUGAGCGGAUCACCGGACCUUCCUUGGAAGGUGAGGCUCUUCGUGUCGUCGCUCUCCUUUCUCGUCGACGUGUGUCGUCGUUCCAAUGGUACCUUCAAUCGGACUCUCAUCAAUCUCUUGGACGUAAAAGCUUCACCCUUAAAGAAACCCCUCAAUGGCCUCCAAAGCUCCGACAUCGUUGUCGACGACUCCCGAAACCUCUGGUUCCGUCUCUACACCCCGCUUCAAAUUCCUACACACAGCCGCGUUCCCGUAAUUGUCUACUUUCACGGCGGUGGUUUCGUGUUGAUGUCAGCCGAUUCCAAAACACACGACGACUUCUGCCAGAGACUCUCCCGGGAACUUCCCGCCGUUAUCGUCUCCGUCAAUUACCGCCUCGCUCCGGAGAAUCGGUGUCCGAGUGCAUUCGAAGAUGGAUUCGAUGUCUUGAAGUUCAUCGACAGCGCAUGGUUUAAAGAUCUCCUUCCUGUAAAUGCCGAUUUGAAGAAAUGCUUCGUUGCCGGAGACAGUGCCGGAGGGAACAUGGCUCACCAAGUGGCAGUGAAGGCUGCCAAGCACGAAUUCGACCAGUUGGACGUCGUCGGGAUUAUGGCUUUGCAGCCAUUUUUGGGUGGCAAAGAACGAAUUGAAUCUGAAAUCAGACUUGUCGGAGCUCCGCUAAUUAAUUUGGAUCGGACUGAUUGGAUGUGGAAAGCGUUUCUGCCGGAAGGUUCAGAUCGGGACCACCCUGCAGUCAAUGUAUCUGGACCGAAUUCGGUGGAUAUUUCGGAUCUGAAGUUUCCGGCGACAAUGGUGGUGGUCGCAGGAUUCGAUCCGUUACAAGAUUGGCAAAAGAGAUACUAUCAGUGGUUGAAGAAACAAGGAAAGGAAGCGAAAUUGAUUGAGUAUCCGGAUGCCAUUCACGGUUUCUAUAUUUUCCCGGAGCUCAAAGAGUCGUCUCUGUUGAUAAAGGAUAUGAGGGAUUUCAUGCAAUCAAAGUUAUAAAAAGACAGUUGAUUUUAGUUUGUUACGCGGUAAAACAAAAAAAAAAUAAUAAUAAUAAAAAAAAAAAUAAAAAAAAAAAUUCAAAUAUACCUUAUGUUUUCUUUAUUUAGAAUUUGUUGCAUUUUACACAAAUAAAACAGUGUGCUAUUCAAGGAUAAAAUAAACAAUAAUAUUUAGCC